AAGGUGAUCGCUGGCGUUCCAAUGGGGAAGCGCAGAGUCCCGGUGAAUCCCGGAUGCCGUCGGAGGUGGCUGUGCUGAGCUGAAGAUCUUGAGGGCUUCUUGCUUCGGGAGGCCCCGCUGGGGCCAAGCGCGCCGGGUGGCUUUGGGAAGGCUGCGGAGGCAAGCAACGGCAAACGUUAGAGCCGGCAAAGAGCUGGAGGUUCCGGCAACAGCCGCCACCGCACCGCCCCUGAGUUUGCAGCGUGUUUGGGAAAUGUGGCCGCGAGCAGCGGUCCUCCGGCAGCGGUAGCCUUUGCUUGCUCGGGCAACGCCGUUUCUCCCUCCUUCGGACGGCUCCCGUCCUCUCGCCCUGGCGUGUGUGAAACAGCCCUCGGUGCAAGAUCUUCCUUAGACCCUUUUUUUCCCGUCUGCUUCCAGAGUUGACAAAUUGACUUCCUGAUGUCUGCGGAUCCCGAGCAGCAUAAAAGCGGCUCUCUUGGAGGCUGAUUUUAUUUCAUUAUCAUUUAAAAAAAAAUAAAAAAAAAUUGCAUUUUGCUGGACGGACUGGAUACAUGUUUUCAACGUUGAGGGUGGUUCUGCUGCUUGUUUCGAUUUAAGGUGCUUCAAGGAAAGGUUUCCCCAUUCCUGGACGUUUCUCUUCCAGCGGAUUCCUUUUCGCCGUAAGCCUGGCUUUGGACGGGCUCUUGGAAAUCAUGGGGCUACCUGCCUUGGAGUUUAGUGACUGCUGUUUGGAUAGCCCCCUGUUCCGAGAAAGGCUAAAGUCUCACGAAGCUGAGCUGGACAAGACCAACAAGUUCAUCAAGGAGCUGAUCAAGGAUGGAAAGGCACUCAUUGUGGCCCUUAAAAAUUUGUCUUCAGCAAAACGGAAAUUUGCAGACUCCUUGAAUGAUUUCAAAUUUCAAUGUAUAGGUGAUGCAGAAACAGAUGAUGAAAUAUGUAUAGCAAAAUCCCUGCAAGAAUUUGCUACUGUUCUAAGGAACCUAGAAGAUGAGCGCAUACGAAUGAUUGAAAAUGCUAGUGAAGUCCUAAUCACACCUCUGGAGAAAUUUCGAAAAGAGCAAAUUGGUGCUGCUAAGGAAGCCAGGAAGAAGUAUGACAAGGAGACUGAGAAAUACUGUGGAAUAUUAGAAAAGCACUUAAACUUGUCUUCCAAGAAGAAAGAAUCUCAGCUUCAAGAGGCAGAUACCCAGGUGGACCUGGUCAGGCAGCACUUUUAUGAAGUUUCUCUUGAGUAUGUCUUCAAAGUACAAGAAGUUCAGGAAAGAAAGAUGUUUGAGUUUGUGGAACCACUGCUGGCAUUUCUGCAAGGGCUGUUCACAUUCUACCAUCACGGCUAUGAGCUUGCAAAGGAUUUCAGUGAUUUCAAGACAGAGCUGACAAUCAGUAUACAAAAUACAAGAAACCGUUUUGAAGGCACCCGAUCAGAAGUUGAAUCCUUGAUGAAGAAAAUGAAGGAGAAUCCUCAUGAGCACAAAAACAUCAGCCCCUUCACCAUGGAGGGCUAUCUUUACAUUCAGGAAAAGCGUCACUUUGGGACAUCCUGGGUGAAGCAUUACUGCACAUAUCAGAGUGAAUCCAAACGAAUAACGAUGGUGCCAUUUGACCAGAAGUCUGGUGGAAAGGGGGGAGAAGAUGAAGCUAUUAUUCUCAAAUCUUGCACUCGGCGGAAGACUGAUUCCAUAGAGAAGAGAUUCUGCUUUGACGUAGAAGCUGUGGAUCGGCCUGGAGUGAUUACAAUGCAGGCACUUUCUGAAGAAGAUCGAAGGCUGUGGAUGGAAGCAAUGGAUGGCCGAGAACCAGUGUACAACUCAAAUAAGGACAGCCAAAAUGAAGGCAUGGCCCAGUUGGAUAAUAUGGGUUUCAGCAUCGUCAAGAAAUGUAUCCAUGCGGUUGAAUCUAGAGGGAUCAACGAACAAGGACUCUACAGAAUAGUUGGGGUCAACUCCAGAGUUCAAAAACUAUUGAGUAUCUUAAUGGAUCCCAAAACUGCGGAAACUGAAGAUGACAUCUGUGCAGAAUGGGAAGUUAAAACAAUCACCAGUGCAUUGAAAACAUAUUUAAGAAUGCUCCCUGGGCCACUCAUGAUGUAUCAAUUUCAAAGAAGCUUCAUCAAAGCAGCAAAACUGGAGAAUCAAGAAUCCAGAAUUUCAGAAAUCCAUAGCUUAGUGCAUCGACUUCCAGAGAAAAAUAGACAGAUGCUCCAUUUACUCAUGAAUCACUUGGCAAAUGUUGCUGAAAACCACAAACAGAAUCUUAUGACUGUCGCCAAUCUAGGAGUUGUUUUUGGCCCAACGUUAAUGCGACCACAAGAAGAAACCGUUGCAGCAAUUAUGGACAUCAAGUUUCAAAAUAUUGUAGUUGAGAUUUUAAUAGAAAACCAUGAAAAGAUAUUUAACACGGUGCCUGAUACUCUACAGUCAAAUUCUCAGUUGCUCUUAUCUCGAAAAAAGAGUACAGAUUCAAAGCCACCAUCUUGCAGUGAAAGGCCCUUAACACUUUUCCAUACACUGCAACACAAUGAAAAGCAGGAAAACAGAAACAGUAUAAUUAACUCCAGCCUAGAAUCGGUCAUAUCAUCAUCAAACGUCAACAGUUUGCUCCCGUCCAAUAAUGCUGUUCAGCCAAACAAGAACUCAACUGAAUCUAAUGCAGAAGUUAUCAAACCCAACCGGCCAAAUUCACUCCCUCAGAAUCCAAGUCCAACGUCACCCCUUUCACCGUCCUGGCCCAUGUUCUCCGCACCAUCCAGCCCUUUGCCCACCUCCUCCACGUCCAGCGAUUCAUCCCCCAUCAGUUCUCCAUUCCGCAAAGCUAGAGCCUUGUAUGCUUGUAAAGCAGAACAUCCCUCAGAGCUGUCCUUCACUGCAGGGACCGUAUUUGAUAAUGUUCAUCCAUCUCAAGAACCUGGCUGGUUGGAAGGAACCUUGAAUGGGAAAAUAGGACUGAUUCCUGAGAACUAUGUGGAGUUUUUAUAACUGGAUGUUCAUAAACAACCCUGCUGAGCUUUACAUGGUAUCCAUGACAACUGAUUAGAGUAUUGUAGAUCAUUUGCUGUUUACGACUGUGAAAAGCAAGGUGAAGGACUCUGAUACCUGUUCAGAAGAAUGUUCACGUAAAUUAAAAAAAAGUAUGUUUCUCUUUAUAUAAUGUGUUGUUUGCACAAAAAUGCAGCCGACAAAAGCUGGAGAAGGAACUAGUGAGGAUGAAGGGCUUCACUGGAAAGUGUUCUGCUGUGAGAAGUGUUAAUGCCACAUUUCAAAUUAUGUUUUGUCCUAGACAAGAUAUUAAUAGGAUAUGUGUAAAUGUAGUAGCUUAAAUUGAGCAUGAUAACUGGAGACAAUUUAACUGGAAUUCUACAGAUAUACACUCUCCUUCCCAAAAAAUAAAUAAAUAAAAAAGAGAUGAAAAGAAAACCAGGCAGAAAUUGCAGAACUAGCUUUUUGGUGUCGCCGUCCAGGAGAGAUCAGAAGGACAAAAAUUUAGUUUUCCACUGCCUGGCAAAAACAAACACUGAAUUUCCUGGAAAGAAAGCAUGUCUGUCCCUUUUAUCUUUAGCAAGUAAAAAUAAUGUUCGUAUUGAUCAAGCCACUAAUGGCUUUCUUUUGCAGAGAGUGACUGUCCUUGAUAGGGUUCACUCCAACCUCAGCGUAUAAAUAAUUCCUAUAAUGAGAAAUGCAUCACUGCAUGUAGACCAAAAACCACACACAGCAACACACAUACUUUUACUUAGUUAAUAUCAAAGCAAGACAUGGAACCAGAUUUGAAUAUUUUCCAUGGCUUGCAUAACAUCGAUGACGAUUCUAGUCAUCCAGGUGGAGUUGUCUGGAAACAGCAAAAUGCUUCAAACCAACAAGAAAAGAAAUCCAGUUGCCAUGACUCAACUUCCAAACAGCUUGCAUAGUGUAUCUCUCCCCACUCCAUCCCGAAGAACCAUCAGCAUUAUAAAUCUAGUCAGAGUUUGGACCAAAGCACAUGAAAACUUUCUCACUCUUUUAAUCAAAAACCUUUUAAAAGGUCUGGCUGAAAUCUCUGCAAUGUUUUCCAGGCAGGUCUAUCCUUCCUGGAGGUGAAAUAGCAGCUUUGUUUACAUUAGCACUUAAAAGCAAGUGACCUGUGUUCUCUCUGUUAUUCCCAGCACAAGUUGUAGAAGCAAGCAGCCACAUUUUCUUGAGUAUUUCUCAGUUUUGGGGAUCUUGGUUACUUCAAUGCUGUUUUCUGAAGUCUUGGCUCCUGUUUGUUUAAUAGGCUGGCCUGCACAGGCUGCAGUUGCCCUGCACACUCAAUUCUCUUCAAAGCUUGUAUUUAUUAUAUAGCCUAGUAACAAUGUUAAAACUUGUGCGUGCAGACAAAGACACACUCACUCCCUCACUCUUACAAUUUUAAGUUUUUUAACUCUGCGUAGUUAAUGUCUUUCAGUAAAGGCUGUCUUGGUGAAAUAUCUAUUUUAAGGCACACUAGCCUUUAUCUGAAGUUGUUCUCCAGAUGUGUUGUACAUUAUUUUUCAUAGCUGUAAGAUUUUACACUUAAGGAAAAUCGUGUUAUUUGAAAGCCAAACAUUUCUGAUACUGUGUAUGUAUUUUCUUUUAAAUAGAAGUGUUUAACGUGGAAUUUUAAGCUUUUUCCUCCCCUGCCUAGCUUUGCUGUGUUUUCUUACAUUCGUGGCCAUAGACAAGUUUCUGGUUUAAUAUGUGCUUUUUAAUUUAAUCCUAAAUUGUUCAGUGGUAACAUAGCUGUAUUUUUCACUGACCUUUGUUUUAAAAUUGAAGUGUAAAUAUGACAAUUUGAAAUAUGUUGAAGUAAAAGAUUUUUAUAUAUUCAGAUUUUUAAUGGAAGUGUGGACAUUUGAAAAGUAUUUAACAAGAGGUGUGCAAUACAUAUGCCAAAGGUUGAGUACGUAGCCUUCCCUGCUCAGUUUCAUCUGAUGACCUUUUUUGUACAGCAGCUGGUGUUAAGCUUUGAAUCGGUUUUAAGGAUUAUUUAUUUAAUGUUUUUGAAAGAGAAUAACAGGUAUCACCUCCUCGGAUGCUUAGUUCAUUUCAAAGGCCCUGUAUUUACUGAGCAACUGACAUGCAUAUUGUAUGCUGUUUUCGUGAUGGUUUCAAUUUUUACAUUUUGGGGAGGCAUUUAAUAGGCAUUUCAGAUUGCUAAUGGUAGAAUCAAACAUUGCCAUCAUUAUC